UCUUCUUCAAUCGAAUCUUCUAAUAAAUAAAAUUUCUUGCGGUUUUAAACGAACCUCCAUCAAACCUCCUAUUCUUUCCCUCGACUAUUAGCGGACUCAAUUUUUAUGAUCUUGCACAACAUGCUGUUCACGGCCACUUAUAUCUAACAAAUUCAUUUUCUUAAGAUUCAGCCUCGUAACUAUUCAACAUUACUCCCACAUUCAUCUGAUGAUGUUACUGUAGAAAAGGUCAAAAGAUGUUGUGAAUCAAUGGCUUUAUCUGACAUCUUCCCAAUAUUCAUUGUCGCUGGUGCGCUUUGGAUCCUGGUUUACUGUAUUCUCAUGACACAAAAAAUUUUUAUGGAUAGUCAUUAUCAAGAGAUUCAACCAAAACAACAUGAGGAAGGGGAUGAAGAAGACGAGCAUGCACCGGUACAUCAUCAGGGAAAUAAUCAUUUAGAUCAUCCUCAUGUGGAAAGAGAAAACCACAAACAACACGAUCACAACGAACGGACCUUUUUCGCCUACUACCUUUAAAUUUUAUUGGUUUUUUUUGUCAUAAUUAUUAUUUGCAGCACGGGUUGUAUUUUUCAAUUUUUACAAAUUUAAUCAGGUAUUAAACUUGUAGAAUAAUUAAUGAGGAAUUUAUAAUUGUUCUUUCAACUUUUUUUUUUGGUUUUUCGAAUUAAUAAAACCAUUCAAAGCAGAAAAGUAGAG